AUGUCUACCUUCACCAAAAUCGUCAUCGCUGCGCUCACUCUGGGAGCUGUUCAAGCCCUUCCUCAAGCCCAGGGCUUCCCUACCGUCAACGCUACCGCUACCACUACUACGGUCGCACCUCCGGCUCCUACUGCAAACCAGGAUGCCCUCUUUGACGACCUCUUCACUGCCCCCACGGCUAUCAAGCGCUUCCAGAGACUCCUCACUCAAGGGCAAACCCUCUUCACUGGAGAGGCGUUGAGGAAGUUGGUCGUCUUUACUUUCGACAGGAACACGCCUCCUCCAGCAGGCGCCAACGGUGGUGUCGCUGUUGCAGCAAACAUCGAGAGCUUCCCCAUCCUCACUGGCCUCGGCAUCAGCACCACAGUUGGCUUCCUUGCUCCCUGUGGAAUCAACACUCCUCACGUCCACCCCCGUGCCACUGAAUUCCUCACCCUCGUCGAAGGCAAGAACCUCGAAUUCGGCUACGUCCUUGAGAACGGCCUCGUCAAGGCCGGCGAGAACCCCGAAGUCGCCAGCUACCUCAACAAGUUCGAAGGCACCGUUUUCCCCCAAGGCUCCAUCCACUUCCAGUUCAACAACAACUGCGACAACGCCACUUUCGUCGCUACCCUCAACUCUGAGGACCCUGGUACUAGCCAGGUUGCCCAGAACUUCUUUGCUCUCAACUCGGGUGUGCUCAAGGCUACCCUGGGAUUCCCUAGCUCCAUUGACGCGUCCAACAUUGAGGAGUUCCGCAAGCAGAUUCCUCCCAACCUAGCUCAGGACAUGGACACCUGCCUUGCCAAGUGCAAGCGUCAGUAA